CAACCAUUACCACACUCACGUCAAGCAGGCUGGCACCAGCCCAGACUGGUCUAGCUUGAGUCAAAAAUCCUGCAAACAAGCUCGGCCUGUAAGGGAACCAUAUUUUUGUUCUCCUGUGUCAUCCCCACAAUCAGUGGAUGACUUGUGGACAGGCUGCAUGUUACUAAGCCUACUUUGCCUGGAGAAGAGAUCAACCCAGUGAUAGAACAAAAUUCACCAUCAACCAGCCACCUCAGAGUUCUGGUGAAGUAGAUCACAGACCAGCACAUUUUGCCUGGGGAGAGCUUAAGAUUCUUUCUGCUACUGCCUGUGCACCAUUCCAACUAGUAAGAUUUCAAGGUCCUGCUGCUGGCUGAGCACCCAAUCAUCCCAGCCUGGCAAGAGCCCAAGGUCCUUUCCACUGCUCGUUGUGUACCAUCCCAGCCUCGCGAGAGUUCAAGGUCCUUUCUACCACUGGCGUACCAAUACUCCCAAAAGCCUAGUUUCAGUCACACAGCCUGUGUGCAAGCCAACCUCGUAAGUGACCGAGACCUUACACUCUUGUGCCACCGGACCUGUCUCUGGCCCAGCUGAAGUCAAUAAACCUGCACGCCAACAACAAUUGCCACCAUGAUUGGCGAGAUCUGUGUUGCAGCAACCUUCAUCUCCAAGUUCCUGUGCACCAGGGGCCUCAGGAAUGAGCAGCAGCUACAGAUCUUCAGCCAGAGCCUGCAGGAGCUACUGGUAGAGCACUACAAACAUCACUGGUUCCCAGAGAAGCCCUGCAAGGGUUCAGGUUACAGGUGUAUUCGUAUUAACCAUAAGAUGGAUCCUCUGGUCGGCCAGGCAGCCCAGCAGAUUGGACUAAGCAGCCGAGAGCUGUUCAGGCUUCUCCCAAGUGAACUCACACUGUGGGUUGACCCCUACGAAGUGUCCUACAGGAUUGGAGAGGAUGGCUCCAUCUGUGUGCUGUAUGAAGCCUCACCAGCGGGAGGUAGCUCUCAAAACAGCACCAACGCUCAAACAGUAGAUAGCAGAAGCAGCUGUAAGGAGGAACCUCUUUUGGGCAGAACAAGCCCUUCUAAAAACUACAAUAUGAUGACUGUAUCAGGUUAAGAUACAGUCUACGGAUGGAUCAUCUUAUAAUGGACGGAUAAAUUUGAUUUUUGCUUUGGGUGGGCUCCUCUUGGGGAUGGAUUAUUGAAUUUAAACCAUGUCACAGCUGUGAAGAUCUGGAAUGAGAUCGUGUUGAUAUUUUGUAAGUGACACGGCUAUAGUUUGAAUAGUAUCUUUCAGUGAUGUAAUAGUCUGUGAGUUCAAGCAAGCAUUCACUUUAUUUUUAGGGAGUGAAGUCAUAGGUUGGUUUUAGUUUAUCCCAAUCCUUGUUACAUCAGUCCCUUUAAGAAAAAAUUAAUUUCAUUUUAUAUU